AUGGCGGGCGGCCAUCAUCAUUCGGACGCGCAAGUACAAUCGCAGAGCCACGUUCUGGCCGGAGUCGCCAUCGCCUUCCUCAUUCUCGCAUGGAUAGCUGUCAGUAUGCGCCUGUGGGUCCGAGGCCGCAUGAUACACUCUAUCGGCUGGGAUGACUACACGAUGAUCCUUGCUACGGUUACGUUUACAGGCUAUUGUGUUGCUUUGAGUGUAUUUGCCAACUUGGGCGGUGGGAGCGACGAGAUCCAUGAGUCUAACGAUUUUAACCGCGCGCGAAUAGCUUUCCGUUGGGUGCUUGUAUGGGAAGCCUUCUACAUCGUUACAAUAGCGAUAAUCAAGAUAUCGCUGGGCAUCUUCUUCAUGCGCCUCGUUAUCAAGAGGUGGCAGAAAAUCCUCAUCUGGACUGUUCUUGUUAUCAGCACCGUCUGGGGCAUCGUGUCCUUCUGCUUCACUAUCUUCCACUGCGGCAACCCCAGAUAUUAUCUGGAGAAGAUAAUCACUCAACAAUGUGCUAGCCCUGAAGCACAACAUGCCAUGGCAUACACAUAUGCGGCUAUGACCUGCGCCACCGACUGGGCUCUCGCGGUGCUCCCGAUCUUUUUAGUGUAUGACGCAAAGCUAGAUCUACGGUCGAAAAUUUCGGCCUGGUUCCUCUUAUCACUCGGAUUCAUGUAA